AGAUGUAGGCUAGAACGCGCCAAUAGGAUCUUGCAAACUCGUGUUAAACUCGGCCCACAUCAUUGCCUGUUCUCCCCUCUAUGAGAAAUUUGUUCCCAUUGAAAACGGCUGGCUGUGGUCUAUCUUGAUUUAGUUAUAAAAAUCUCCGGCCGGCCACGUUGUUAGGAUUCCACAAAUGAGCACAGCCACAAAGUUAAAAUUGGCUGUAUCGUUAAAAAAAAUCAGGAAAACGAACAUUUGCUUUUUGAUCAUAAUUUAAGGUUGGGGUUGGCAGAGGGGUUAGGUUUGAAAUGAUAAGACAAAUUAUAUAAAUGGCGGGGUUUAUGACUUUGUGGCUGUGGUAACUAGUAAACAAACAACUGAACUGAAUAUGUCUGGAACUUCAUCAGUAGCUGGUGAAGUAUUUGUAGACGCCCUGCCGUAUUUUGACCAGGGUUAUGAUGCAGUUGGCGUCAGAGAGGCGGCUGCAGCCUUGGUAGAAGAGGAGACUCGCAGAUACAGACCUACAAAGAACUAUCUGAGUUAUAUACCCACACCUGAUUUCACUACCUUUGAAACUGAAAUCAUGAGGAACGAGUUUGAGAGGCUAGCAGCCAGGCAGCCUCUGGAACUUCUCAGCAUGAAGAGAUAUGAGCUUCCUGCUCCAUCGUCAGGGCAGAAGAAUGACAUCACUGCAUGGCAGGAUUGUGUGAACAACUCCAUGGCUCAGCUGGAGCAUCAGGCAGUGCGCAUUGAGAACCUGGAACUCAUGGCACACUAUGGCACCAACGCAUGGAAGGUCUACAAUGAUAACCUGGCCUUUAUGAUUGAAUUGGCUCAAAAGGAACUACAGAAAUGUAGAAAGCAGAUUCAGGACUUGAACUGGCAACGAAAGAAUGAUCAGCUUGCAGGCGGGGCCAAACUGAGAGAGCUGGAGUCAAAUUGGGUGUCCCUCGUAAGUAAGAACUAUGAGAUUGAACGUGCCAUCGUCCAGUUGGAGAAUGAAGUUGGAAAGCUCAAACAGCAACAGGGUGACGAGAACAAGGAAAAUAUUCGACAGGACUUCUAGAACUCAAGCCUUGUGCGAGACCCCUUCUACAAAAAAUUCAAUGUUAAGCUUGCAGCUGAGAACAAACAUGAAAAGAAAAGGACUCUCAACUUUCAGAAGAACAUAUUUGCCUUGGCUCCACAGUUUCUUUACAUUAGUGUCAGACCGUGACCAUUGAAAAACCAUGGGCCGUGUAAAGAACUUUUUCAUUGUACCUCGAGAUCACUUAAGAAGUGAACUCUGGUCAAUUUUUAAAUGUUUGUCAAUUUUAAGUAGUUCUAAAUUGAGGUAGAGUUAAUGAUGCUGUCUACCAAAUUCACAUGAUUUCUUCCCAUAUAGACAAGCACAAAAACAUGCUAGCAUGUUUAGAACAUUUGUGAUACAAUAAGUUUUUGUACAUGUAAUAUUUGUAUUUUAUUUUUUAAAUAGACUUAUAAUAAAAUGAUGUUGAAACAUG